GUCAUCUCGGGGAUUCGAGUUACUGCCCUUUCGGGCUUCAGCGAAUAGAAAGACCGUGUUUAAGGAGACUGGCGGGAAGGUAUUAUUUGGGUCGUCGUCUCAACUAGGCUCAUCAAUCCUGACGGGAUUAUUUGCAAUUUUAUGGGCCCUAUGCCAGUAAGGCGGACGCUUGGACACGCUGGGGGUUGCUUGUGCCCCGCAGCGUAUGACUCCCACCUUCAGGAAAGUUGUUAAGAAUAUCCAUCAAGAUGAGUGGUAGAUACAGCAGAACAUACAGUCGCAAAAAAGCUGCCCCACCCCCAAUAAGCCAGUUUGACAAGUUGGUGACUGAGCCAGGCAGCAGUAACAGCACCAAACCUUCUGCAACGAAAACUGCUGGGCACGUUGGCAAAUGGGGAAUUACGUCAUUUACAUCACUACGAAGCAUCAAUGGUGGACUAGGCAAAGAUGACAGUAGCAAGAGGUACCUUGAUGAUUCCCCACCAUCAAGCAUUGGAGAGGAUGCUUACAGUUUUGACAGUGGAAACCCUGCCAAUGGGGCCUCACUUCAAGUCCGACCCCCAAUUAAAACAUUUAGUAAACCUCGAAAGUUCUUCAAAAGCAGAAAUGCUGAGGGGGUUUCUGAGCCUUCUAAGACCCUAUUGGAAAAAGCUCGGGAAAAGGGUUCUGAUGGCCUUUAUAAUAUGAAAAUUCCUCCUCUGUCUGCUUUUGAGUCCCCAGAUUCGAGUCAAGGCAAGAGCAUCCUUGAAACAAGCGGAGACAAUGUAUUUGACAAGCUUGUGACUAGUGCUGUUGCCAGACCAAACAAUUCUGAGACUGUGACCAGUUCAAAGUCUACUAGUGGGAUCAAGUUAAAGAUCUUUAAAAGCAAAAAUGUUGCCUCAUGUUCUCAGGAAACUUAUUCCAGCACAGUGGAAUUGCCCAGUGAUGAUUCCCAUGCUGGUAGCGCCUCGACCAGUGUUGCUAGUUCUCCAUCCACAAAAGACUUGAGUGAGGAAAACAGAGAUUCUUCAGAGGAGCUAGUUCUCUCUGGCUCCCCACUGACUGAGUACAAAGAUUCACAAGUCACUUUAUCACACAUUUCAUCAAGAGACACUAAUCAUUAUUCUCCAGAUAGAUUGGAUUCUCCAAAAAAGACACUGAACUCGACCAUUAAUUCUAGUUAUGAGUUUGAUGGACUAAUGGACCAGAGAACUGGUCUUCCUGUAGAUAUGUGUAUUGAUGAUAGUUUUAGUCUUUCAGGGAACAAAUCAAAUAGUGAGACAACUGUGUGUAGUGUUAAAAGAUCUUACGGUUCUAAAUUUUCAAAAUCUGGUGAUGUGAAUAAAUAUAUCAGUAAAAAUAUAGUAUCGUCUUCAUGUAACAUUGAUAAGCAACAAAAUGUUUCAAGUGACCAAGUCUGUGAUGGCCCUUUGACUGAUGAUUUUGACAUAUUUGGUGUGGGCACGAGUGAUUUUGAGGAACCCCAAAAAGUGUCACCGGUUGGGAGAGGGGCUAGUCCUGAGGUGUCUUCAGGUGUAGGAGAGAAUGAUAACUUUGAUCUUUUUAGCACCGAUUUUGAUGAAAAUGAGAUUGAAGACCGAACGAGUCUUGACUGUGUUGCUUCGAGUAGUCUGGUUCUUAGAGAGACUACUGCUAUGGCUGACACACAGGAAAUGGAGGAUUUGCUGUUCUCAACUCAGGGUUCACUUAUUUCUUCACAGACAUCCACCACUUCCUCCUACGAGUCUUUCAGGCCAGGCCACCCUAGCAAGGCGGAGAGUAGUGUAAAAAAGUCUGAGCCACCCCCUCUGGUUAAGAAGAGAAGUAUUUUCAAGAGCAGAGAUGCUGAUAGAGAUGCUAAAAAGAGAGCCACGUAUCGGCACAAGUGGCAUGACCAAGAUGAAAAGGAUGAUGGCUCAAAACAGACUCUGCCAGUUUUGCCUAACAGUCAAAGUGCAUCGUCGGCUACCUCAGCAUUUGACGAGUUUGACUUUGAAACUCCAAAUUUAAAGAGAGUACAAUCCUGCCCUGGAUCUUGUACAGGGAAUCUGGAUGACUCUACUGAAGCACAGUCAGUCACCAGUGUAAAAUGUGCAAAAGGUGCAAAGCAGUUUUACACAGUGGUGAAGAAUGUGAAAAAAACACAUCAGCUUCAAGAAUCUGGAGAAUUUCAAGAAUUCAAUGAUGAUGUGGAGUAUUUCUUGGAUGCCUUACGACCCUCUAUGCCCGUCUCCACCCGGUGUCUGGCUGCAUUAAAUCUUGCUCAGAAGUGUAUGGUGCCUGCUUUUAGGAUGCAUCUGCGAGCACACGGUACCGUAAUCAAGUUCUUCAGUGCCCUAUCUGAUGCCCAUUCUGACCAUAGACUUGCAAUAUGCGCAGCAACAGUUAUGUUCACACUGAGUCAGGAUCGACUGAAUAUGGACCUAGACCGUGACUCAUUGGAACUCAUGUUGAAUCUUCUCGACACUGAUGCUGAUACUUCAGAAAAUAUUUCUCCCGGAGAUGUCACUUUUGUCAACCAAAAUAAGAAAAAAAUUCGAGAGCUCUGUAGAGACAUGCAAAAGAAGGGCCAUGCAAAGCAUCUCAAUCUUGAUAACAUCAAUGCAGGUAACCUAGCCAUGGAGACACUCCUCAGUCUAACCUCAAAACGAGCUGGAGAGUGGUUUAAGGAGGAGCUUCGGGUGCUUGGAGGAGUGGAGCACUUGGUACGCACCAUUACGCACUGCACACAGCUUUUCUCACCGGGCUUAGAAAAGUGGUCCCAUCCAUUGUUGGAAAAGUUGUCGAAAGUUGACCGCUGCCUCAAAGUUUUAGAAAAUGUAACACAUCAGAACACAGCCAACCAGGAAUACCUCUUAAAAUUUCAAGGGGGCAUCUUUCUGGAAAAGCUGAUGUGUUUGUAUCGCUUGUGUCAUACGGAGGUAUCUGUUUAUCCUGCAAGUGAAGCGCACAGCCAAAACACUAUUGUUGGUGGAACAUCAACAGGUCAGCUGCUGGUUCAGGCUCUGCUCACUACCAUCAAGGUUCUCAUCAACCUCACUCACAAUUCUGGAAAAGAAGCAUUAGGCAGCAAAAUGUUGGGUCACCAGCAAGAUGUGUAUGAUAUCACCCUCUACUGCCUCUUGAUUAUGCCUAGAUACCUGGCCCCAGAUAAGAGAUUCGAGCUGCUUAUCUUGUGCUACAAAAAGCUGGUCAUCACAUGGAAGAUACACUUAUAGCUGCUUACACUGCCCUGCUAACUGGAUACUGCAUAAUGGAAGAUGAGGAAUGUGAAGCACAGAUCCGUGCCAUGCUUCCCGAGGCUAACUUUAGCUUGAUGGUAAAUGUGUUGAAAAAGUUUCUUCGGUUCAUGGACCUGACAGCUUCAACAAGCCUCUUGCGGAGCCUGAAACCCACCGAGUGUGUCGUCAAGUACAUGGAGAAACUAGAUUCCAGUGAAGAAGAAGCAGCAGCAGAAAUUGAAAGAAAAAAGCAAGAAGCCAAAGAAUUAGAAUUUGAUGCUUUUGGUUUUUAAGGCCAUGAACAAAUGCCUCUGUCAUUGCCAUCUUCUGCUCAUAGCAAAUUUAUUUUCUCAUAUUUAUAAAUUAAAAUUCCUUAAUAUUUGAAAGUAGAAUGGUGUGUGUUUGCACGAGGCAUUGUGACUAAAAAUAUUCAAACCAUGAAAGUUUUAAACUAAUGAAAAAUAACUUUCAAUUAGCCAUUUAAAUUUUUAUAUCAGAAAAAUUAAUGUAAAGUAAAAGGACACAAGUGCAACUAAUGUGACAUUUAUUGUGGCAACGUUUCGCUCUCCAGAAGCUUUAUCAAGCCAAUGGCUUGAUAAAGCUCCUGUAGAGCGAAACGUUGCCACAAUAAAUGUCACAUUAGUUGCACUUGUGUCCUUUUACUUUACAUAUUGUCGGUAAUUCUACCAACUUUAUUACAGAAAAAUUAAUACAAUAUAGCUUGAAGGAUGACACAGCACAACUUCAUCUUGUCUAAAAUAUGCAUAAGCUAUAUUGGUUUCUCUUCCUCCUGGAAUUUAUUUGUGGCGCCAAGAGUACAAUUUGCAUUUUUUCUCCCAUGCAUCCAAUGGUAGCUUAGGAUAGUUAGUGCAGUACACUGCAGCAUCCUUUACUCUGCCAUUCACUCUUUACUGGCCAACCAAAACCAAAGAUAUCUGCACUGGGACUGCCCUCUUAAGGUUUCAUAAUGAUGGCUGGGGCAGAGUUGUAUUAGCAGAGAUCCUGCGGUAAGAAACUUCAGUCUGGGAGUGCAGAGACAUGUAGCUGGUAGCGUUACUGUAGUGUGUAGUAAAAUAGUGUCUUUACAGUUUAAAAUCUGAAUUCCUGAAGAGUGACAGAGACUAUUUUUUUGCCACAGAAUUUUCUCUAAUGUCACUUAUGCAAUGGUGAUGGUUCCUUAUUGUGAGAACACACGUAAUCGGGAUGCUUAACUCGUGCUGCUAUCAACCCUAGAUAGGCUGAGUAUUCUAUAGUAUCAUAAUAAAUAUUCUGAUAUUCUGUACUUGCAUGAUAAAAAUUUUUUAAAGGCAAGGCAAAAUUUAGAAUACCCUCAAAAACAUGAUUAGUAGCAGUGUUUGGAGAGUAGCCGAUCAGUGUGCCCCCCCAAAAUAAGGACCUGAAUGUAUGUUUUUAUGGGUGCAUUGUUUUUGCUUUAUAUUAAAAGGAAUCUGUACUUCUUCGCAUCCACAAGAUAAAUUAACUGUGAUGUGAAUGCCUAGAAGUAUAGAAUCUAAAGAAAAAUUCUACCAGUGACCUGAUUUUUUUAGUGAUGGAGUGAAUUCAUGUCAAUAAGGGUUAUUUUAUUUCUACUUGUGUGAUAGUUGAGUAUGCAUGCUGUUAUCAUUGUCUCGUAUACAUUUCCACAAACCGUACGACCCUGUUUUUCUAUUCACACCUGAUGUGUAUAUAUUAAAUGGGUUCCAAGUGUGAGCCAAAAAUUCCUUUUAUGUACUGUAUUAACCUCCCAGAGAUCUCAGAAUAUAUUAUUUUAUGUUGAUUAUUUCA